AUGGCCGACUCUCUCACCGAAGAACAGGUUUCCGAAUUCAAGGAAGCCUUCUCUCUCUUUGACAAGGAUGGCGAUGGCCAAAUCACUACAAAGGAGCUGGGCACCGUCAUGCGAUCGCUCGGCCAGAACCCCUCCGAGUCUGAGCUGCAAGACAUGAUCAACGAGGUCGAUGCCGACAACAACGGCACGAUUGACUUCCCUGAGUUCUUGACCAUGAUGGCCCGCAAGAUGAAGGACACCGAUUCCGAGGAGGAGAUCAGAGAGGCCUUCAAGGUUUUCGACCGUGACAACAACGGUUUCAUCUCAGCUGCUGAGCUCCGCCACGUCAUGACUUCGAUCGGCGAGAAAUUGACCGACGAUGAGGUUGACGAGAUGAUCCGCGAGGCUGACCAAGAUGGUGAUGGACGUAUCGACUACAACGAGUUCGUCCAGCUCAUGAUGCAAAAGUAA